ACGCAGCCACCCAUCUCGAUCUCUUCCCAGCUUCAUCACACUCUUCCUCACUUCGCAGCUGGGCUAGCAGAAAGGAGGUUGGAAUCGUAUCUUCUAACCCCUGCGAGUGUAUUACUGGCUGAGUCUGAUUCUGCGGCCCUCAAUCUUCCUUCCCUUGCGGACCGACCCUGUCCACGGUCGAGUUUGAAGGUCUUCACCGUAUCUGCACUUGACUCGUUACCGGAUUUUCCUGGAUUGUCUUGCUGCCGCAACUACUGAACGGUCUCCCAGACGCCUUUUCCUUGUGUGUAUGCUAUCGUGUUUACAUUUCCACCAGUUCUACCAGUUCUCCCGAGGAUCCUGCCCUACCCUUGCUUUCAUGUCUUGUCCCAGAUCCCCUGUUCUUGGCUCGUAGGUGGUUGUGGCUUCGACAAUGGCGCGGACCAAGACAACAGCUCGGAAACCCACGACACGUGCUGCCCAGGUCGCCAAAGACCGCGCAAAGGGAAAACACAAAGUCACUGUACAGACUGAUUCGAAAGAGAAAGGAAAACCGCUCAACAGCGUUAUCACAAUAAAGGCAGAGCCCCCUCCUGGAUACACUUUUAUCCCGGCUGGCAACCCUGAACUCACCCAGGCUCUGAAAGAAUUUUCUCGUCAGGGCGACCACAAAAUAUACGCGGUCACGACCACCCCCCAUGCCACUCGUCACGAACUGUCAAGAGAAGUACAUCGUGUUGGUUUUCACUUUCCCACCCAAGUUGUCGCCCAGGUUUGCAGUUACUAUGGCGUUCGCCUCACCAGUGGGGGCAAGCUUAUCGACGAGUCAAAGGACGACAAAGCCUCCUUCAUGCAGGUCUACCAAAAUGGAGACCGUGAUGGAAUCAAAGAGCCCCCUAAGGAUCAAAUUACCAUCAAUACGGAGGCUAAACAGACGUUGAAAGACUUGUUCCCCAAAAUCCCUGACAAAGAUCUGUUUCAGAUCAUCAAGACGGCCUUCCAACUUGGCGAUGGUAAGGUCGGAACUGCUGAAGAGAUCCCUCUAGUGCGUAGAGCUCAAUUGGCUGUCGUUGCCCAUAUUCGCCAUAUUUACACGGGAUACGACAAAUACCUUCGACAAAUGCCCUACAAUGACGCCCGUCAUGCUGUUGAACGCGAGACGCUCACCAAAUUGAUUGAAUGGCGUGGUAAUGACGAUGAAGCUGACGAAGCUACGAAGCAUGCUGCUGCUGACGCCUUGCGAGAGGUCAUCGUGAUUUCUGACGAAGACGACUCUGACUCUGGCAGUGAUGGCCCUGAACAAGUUCCUCAGGACCGAAUUCAUGUCGAGGAGCUUGUCACCGGCGCCUAUGCUCCGAUCUCAGGAAGGCAAAUAUCACCGAAUCCCGAGAUCAUGCAAUCAGGACUUCGGCGACAAAUGCUUCCUCAGAUUGUCCGUCGUUAUCGGCCGACCCAGGACGAGAUUGCACAGCGAGAUCAGAGUAGGUACGCUGUCUGGGACCAGGCUAAACGCAACUAUCAAUCUAGUGUCGCUCAGCGGCCAGGGCCGAUUCUGGAAAGAGUCUACGAGCCUGAGCCGACAUCUCGACCCCGGAUGCUCGUACCAUAUAAUACUCAAUCAAGCCCAGCCGAGCGUAUCUAUCGUUCUCAAGCACCGGUCUCUACCGCACCUAGAGUUGAAUACGAGCCUCGAACGACACGCCCAGCAAGCCCGCCCGCGUUUAUUCGCGACGCCAAUGGUGCUUUGUAUGAGAGGGUCGUCACCCGACCACAAGGACAUAUCGAACCCAUCGCAUCAUCCCGGCAUCAACGCACCCCACCACCUCGUCCACACCAUGGACAAAUGGUGAGGACACGUCCGUCUUCCCCAUUAGAGCCCGGCUUUACAGAGCCUUCUCGACAUCGAGGUUUGGAAGGUAAUGAAACAAUCUUGCCAUCGAUUGAGCCCAACGACGGUACCACGUCGUCUCCACGCUUUCGCCCGUAUCCUUUCGAUAGAUACUCGGAGCCUCGUGAUGCUGAUAUGAGUCAAUACGGGAAACGAGGUCUUGCCGAUCACGUCCGUGUUGACCAUGGCCAGAGUACUGAAUCGUUUAAGAGGCGUCGCAUUGAUGAGCGGGAAAGACUCCCAAUUGGACCAGAGCCUCCAAUUGUGAGACAACAGUCCCCUCCAAGACGUAUCGAAGUCAGUCACCUGCACUAUGGUGAUGCUUCUCCGAACACGCAGAUGUCGGAUCGGCGUUACGAACACAUCAGGCAGGUCCGACCGCAGAUGUCCUAUGAACCUAUUAGCACGCUUCGAGAUGGCACCGUCAUUCGCCGGCCCAUGGCGAACGGACAUGAAGUCCAUACGAACGUGGUUGUUCAUCCGAGCCGUGGCCUGCCAGACAAUCCUCCUUACUCCCAUGGUAUUCCCAUGACAAGCCCACAGGUUGCGGAAUUGAGAAGUCAGCAGCCUCAAUACCCCAGUCGUGUUUAUGAACCAAUUCCUGAACCCUUUGCCUAUGAAGACCGAGUUGUUGCUCAACGGAAUGCAGCGCCCCGUGAAGAAUAUGUCCAGCCAGUCUUACAAGGACGUCGUCCUCAGUAUGCACAUGGUACAAGCGCAAUUUUGCGUGGGCCCAUGGAUUCACAUUCUCGCCAGCGUGUAAUUCAUUACGAGUGAGCCAGCUGCCUGUGUGCCAGGAUAUGUGAUGUCACAGGAAUUGUUUUAGCAUCUGUUUGCUUACUACACUGGGUAAGAUAUGGGGCAGCAAACCGGCUGAGACUUGGACAUGACCAUUUCAAAUCGACAGAAGCUAACCACAGAUUAGGCGUAUCCUAUUCCGAGGUCAAUUUUUGGUCUGCGAAAUGCCUCGAUUGUUUGGGUUGCUUGUGCGGUCUUCCGGGAGAGCAUGCACCACAGGUGGAACAAGCCCGUAUCUACAAGGAGGCGCAUCAACAGAGCCAUGUCGUUUUCUGUCUGGGAUCCUGAAAUCGUUGAAGCAUGGCGCACGGACUAGGCACGCAUUUGGCGGCGUUUUAUGUCGAGCAUUUCAAGCAGUGCGUCGGUCUACCACGAAGAAUCAUGAGUGGGUUUCAACUCGGCGGGAACUUGUAACAGCGAGAUGCACACAAUCACAAUAUUUCCAGUGAGGUUCGAGUCAGAGUCGAGUCAGAGUCGAGUCAGAGUCG